UUGAGGAAGUCAGCAGAAAGGUUCCCGCGCUUUUCUCGUUCAGUGUUAAAGGAUUCGUGGUGCGGGACAAUCUUUGUUUUUUCGUGGUAUUACAGUGCAGGACACUCAAUCUGCCUUCGUCGUGGGGUAGAAAGGAAGACACUGAAUGUUGAUGGGAGAUCUGCUAGUUUCCGUAAGUCAUGGCGGAAAAGCAGGCGGUGAUGGCAGGAAUGAUGGCUGCCAAUACAGACAAACGGCGUGAGUCAUAUAGAAAUCUAACCAAUUUGUUGGGUGAGGAUGAAGAUAGCCUGGAUUGGAGUAACUAUAUGGGUGCUAGUGAUACAGGGAAGGUCUUAAAGAAUCUCAAGGCUGAUCUCACCAGUCAGAAUGAGAAGGAAGUUCUUGAUGCACUGGGUGUCUGCAUGCACCUCCUGGCCAGCUCUUCCUUCUUGGCAGGUAUUGAUACCAGUGGUCAGAAGAGCUUGUAUGCCACUCUCAUCAAAGUUUUGAAGACACAGAGAGACAAGAAGAUCAUAAAUAUAGUGCUUCAGAGCCUUGCCAGGAGUAGACUUACAAAGGAAGUCUAUAUUAAUGACCUAGAUGAGAGCUUUGAUGUUCUCAGAGAAAUCUUGCAGUCGAAGGAUCUGCCACCUCCUGUGAUGUAUGAGGCAUUGCAGGUCAUAUUGGUACUUUUCAGUGCUUGUCCAGAACCUUCACUUAAGCGGGGAAAAUCAUGGUUUCCUGUUGCAUUCUCAAAUUUGUUUCAUACCAGUGUAAAGGUUCGUAAAAGUGCCUUGGCUGUCAUUGGUGAGGUAGGAGAGACACUUGAUAAGAUGGAAGAUCCUUCACUGAGGAGUAAUCUCAUGAAGACAGUGUUACCAGAUCUCAAGGACAAGUAUUGCAAGGAUAUGGUUCGCAUGGUGCUUGGUGGUGACAUCAGCAUUCUUCAGGUAUGGCGGGAAACGGUGGGUCUGCUGGGGACUGUGCUGCAUUCCAGUAGAAGCCUCAUUAAUUGUCUUCUGAAUGUUGUGGAGAAGGCCUUCAAGAUAUCAGAUCAUGAGGUGAGAGUUGAGUCCUUCAACUCUUGGCGCACAAUAAUGGACAACUUUGCGCUUGAUAAAAACUCACUAACAAACCAAAUGAAGCUCAAGUUGCUACUGGCUCCCUUCAAAAUCAACAAUGCAAAAACUGAGGAUGUUUGUUGUGCCAAAUUGCGUGUGUGGUGGCACCUUGUGCGUCUCUUGUCAGAUCAGAGGCACUUGGCUACCAGCUUUGACCAGGCUGUAGUGCCACUGCUCUAUUUUUGUUUUGUUGGUAGCAUGCCAUCUGAAAGAAACAAGGGUGGACUCAGUAACAGAAACCUCAUCAUGUCUGGUGCUUUGUCCUCUCCACACCGAACCUUCACCAGCCUCCAUACCACACAUGCUGAAGUAUUGGCUCAGAUACUUGCUACUGACAUUGAUGACCACAAGUACAGGUAUUCAUUGCCAGUUAUUAAGGAGCAAGUGAUGUCCUCAGUUCUGUUCAUGCGACACUACCCACUGCUCCUGAAGUGCUUUGAUGAAGCAAUACAAACCAUGAAGUUCAGCGAUGAACGGCAGAAAUCUCUUGGUACACUCAUCUUCAGCUUCCUGUUGGCUCACAUCCGAGGUAUCACCAGUGCUGACGUCCAGAAGAAGGAGGUGGUGGAUGUGGUGAAGGAGCUGUUCAGUACUUUGUCACACAUUGAGAGCCUCUGUCAGCCAGGGGAUUCUCAGAGCCACUUCCUUUUUAAGUUUUUCAAUUUACUGACUGUGGGAAAUCUAGCUUUGCCCAAGAAGGUUCUUAAUUCCCACCAAUACCACAUACCAACAACUAGUAGUGGAGAUGCUCAGGACAUCAUGUGUGGUACUCUUAGCAACCACCUCAUUGCUCAGCUGUGCCGCCCGGCCCUCCUCCACCAUGCUGUCUCUGGCAAUGAGUUCAUCAAACUUUGGAACACUGUGCUUGAAAACAGCCAGCCAGCGACAGGAAAGUUGAGGCUCCUGCAGGCUGCUGUUCAGGAGUUGAGUGUGUCUGCCAUCCCAUUCCUCUGCCCUGACCAUCCCUUUGUUCUGUAUCAUCUGUGGAAUGUGCUACUCAAGCAGACAAUUACACACAUCACCAAGAUAGAGGUUGGUGAAGGAGAGGAAGGUGAACCAGACUGGAGCAGCGUGUACAGUGUUCUUCAUUUCCCUGUAGUCCACGCCACAGAAGCCUUCACCUGCGCCCCUUUCGACAUACAUCAGCAAAUCAUGGAAGCUUGGGUGAAACUGUGGAACAAGUUUUCGCUCAUCACCUUAGCCACACCCACCAUGGAGCCCAACAGUGAGGUGGAGCAUGUGGCCUCCACCCUGCUCUCCUUGUGCCAGGAAAAGACUGCAGAUGUUGCUGAUGUCCACAUUGCUUUUUAUGUCAUGACUGUGGAAUUCCUGGUUCAGCUGACGGCAAACUUUCAGUAUGCCAAGCUGGGCAAACCUGCAGAGCUGGUAUCUCCCAGCCCAACAAAGGCCAAGAAGAAGCUUCAUCCUCUUCACAACCUGGGUUCCUCCUUGGAGGUGACCACAGAAGUGUUUGAUAGAGCGUGUUCCAUGGUGUCUGGCCGGCGGAUGUACGUGGCCGAGAAGCUCCUACAGGUCACCUUCACCAUGUUGAAAGGGAUUCAACUUGCCCCUAUGAAAUAUAUCUGGGAAUUUAUAAUCCAAAUUGUGAAAGUGAUUACAAAAUGUGUGAGAGUUAAUCCUGCUGUUGUGUUUGACUUCAAAGUUGAGAAGAAGUACAUUAAUGUAUUGAAGUCUUUCUCUGGACUCAUCAUGGGUUACAUCACACACAAGGAAGCCUCAGAAUCAGUGCUGGAAGAUCUGAAUGUCCUUGAGCCUCUGCUCUCUGUAGCCUUUGUUUCCACCAACAAAAAGAUAAAGCAAGAAGUUCAGAAGCUUUUAGAGAAUAUUUUUGGCUGUAUUAGUGAUGCUUCCUUAGAUCUCCUUCCAUUCCUCCUGAAAAUCAAGACAAAGUGGGGCAUCUCAGCACCCCAGACAGCUUCUGUGGAGGAAGUCACAAAUGAGUCUAUGGAAGACUUCAUUGAUGCCACACCUAGAGAAAAAAGAACAGCCAAGUCUCUGUCAAGCCUCAGCAGUAAAGUCUCGUCUCCUAGAAAAGCAACACCUGUCAGUAGCAAGGUCCUCUCCCCUAAAAAAGCAACACCCGUCUCAACGAGAAAGCAGAAAGCAGAGCAAUUCAACAAAAAAGAGCUGGAGACACGUGCAUCAGCAACAUCAACGCCUCCCACCCGGUACUCUGCAAGGAUGAGGAAGAUUGAGCUCACCAUGGAGAACAGCAACUCAGACACUGCUUCUGAUCACUCCAACACUUCUUCCACUCCAGACAGAUCAUCAUCUGGUUCAUCUGUUAAGCUUCCUGUCUUGACGAGGGUCAUAAGAACCUGUCGAAAUGCACCAUCGCCACAGAGCAAAGAAGCAAGACACUCCACUUCACGACAACCAUCAGAAUCUGAGGAAAAGGAACAGGGUAAAGGGGCCACUAGGCAGUCAACAAGCAGCAGUGACCCAAUAGUUAUAUCAAGCACUGACUCAGACAAGAUAACAAAAGAUAACAAAAGCUCAGAGCCCAAGCAACAGAACAAUUCUUUGAGCCACUCUGAGGUAGACAGUGAGGAUGCUGAUUGUAGUGAGAUUCUGUGGAAGUCUGAGGAUGUAUCAGUUCCUCUCAGUAGGACACAGGAUAAGGGAAACAAGAGGGAAGAGACCAUGAAACAGAAUGCAUCUAAAGAGAAUUUGGAAAAAAGAAAUGAAGAUCUGUGUGCUGUGCUGCAUGACACUUCACUUGAGGUACAGAAAUUGCUUAAUGACAGGUGUUUUGAAGAUGAUAUUGAGGAGUCCACCACUUGUGAGAAAACUAAACAUGAACAGUUCUCCUCACUCUGUAAACCAUUCAAGACAUCUGAAGUCACAAAGGAAACACCAGAGAGCCGCAGAUCUAACAGAAAGAAGAGAAUUAACUUUAUGGCAGUGAAUGUGUCCCCAAGUGUUGUUAAGGAUAUAAAGAUAGCAGAGCAGAAGCCCAAGGUGAAGAUCACAAAUGAUGUCAAGGAACCCUCACAGUCCAUAGUGGUGUUAAGUGACUCAGAUGAAAAUGAAAAUGGUGAACUCCCAGAUUUGAGUAAGUCUGUAUCAGAGAAGAAAGAAAAGAAUUUAGACAAAAAGCAAGUGAUGGAAACAACACCACACAAAGUGAAUGCAGAGGAGCAAGUGAAGGGUGGUAUAACAGAGAGUUCUUCAUCAGGAGUGAAGAGGAAACGAAAGCUGUUUAAUAAGGAAGAAAUUGUUGAAACCUCUACCAAGAAGAGAAAAAUUGAAGACAUAACCAAUAGUCUCAGCAACAGUCUUGAGGAUUCUGUAACUGACAUAGAAAGUAGUAAUUCUGAAGGUAUUGUAAGUAAAAUUAUGAAAGAAACCUCAAAACUCUUGAGGAAAACCAGAUCUUUCUCUGGCAUGACUGAUACUGAAAAAGAGGAAAUUAAAAGCAAGUCAGCAUUUUCUCCCAAGGUAACACGGUCAGGACGCAAGAUUGUUCCCCCAAAGAAGGACAUGCCAGAACCCAUGACUCCACCUAAGAAAGCCAAGAAGAAGCUGCACCAGGAAGCCGAUCCCUCACAGGCAGAGGAGACGGUGAGGACCAGCAGCAGCAGCCUUGAGAACUCUGACAUCUGUUUUGAUGAAGGUAUUGAGUCUCCGUUAACAGAAGAGCAGUGUAGUCUUGAAAAUGAGAUGGAAGUAGACCAUUCAUCGGGUGACAAGGUGGAAGUUCCAGAGGAUGAACCAAAGAAGUGUGGAAAGGUUAAUAAUGAGACUAAAGAAUCUAACUUUGACUCUGAUAUAUCUGUUACUAUCAUUGAAAGUUAUGAUGCCACUACAGAGAAAAGUUCAUCCUCAAAUUCAAAGGUGGAGGAAAUGGAGAACCAUAAAAUUCCACCAUCAGAGGCCCAAAAAGACAGUAUUGAUAAGAGUUCAAACAUCAGUGAUACAGUUGAUUGUUGUGUUGAGGACAAGGAAAGUUCUUGUGUUCUUGUUGAAGAAAAGGUCAUGAAAGAGAAUGUAGAGAAGAGCUUAGAGAAAACCAAGUCAAAAUCAGCUGAAGUGAUACCAGAGGAAGAACAACAACUACAGCAAACACUGGAGAAAGGAAAAGGAAUAGGUCUAUCUGAAGAUUUAAGUGAUGGCCAGAAAACCUCAGAGGAAUCUAUCCCAAUGGAGUGUGGCCAAGACCUGGAAGGAGAGGUGAGUUACCCAGCAGCUCGGCCAGGAACUGAGAUCCUUGAUGACAGUGUGUCUCCCGAGGGUGAGGAUCAGCACAAGGACACUGGUGCACCAGGACAAGUCAGUAAGGAGAAAACUGAUGAGUUAUCAUUUGUAAAACCAGACAAAUUAAUAGAAGACAGGGAUACACCAUUAUCUGUAGAUGAAUUAAGUGAGGAAGAAGAUGAAGACAAUGCUGGAGAGGAGGAAGAGGACAAAUCUUUAUGUGAAGAAAAUGUCCAUGACAAGAGCUACAGUCCAACUUCUCCUGAACCAGAAAGUGAGGAUGAGGAUGACGAAGAGAAAGAAUAUAUUAGUGCUGGCCAGGAAGAGAAGGCAGAGGAGUAUGAAAAAGGAGAAAAAGAAGUAGAGACUAUAGUGCCAGAUGUGGACAAGAUGCAGCAACAAGCAUCAAGUGAUAGAGUGCAAGAAUCAGAGAAAAAUGUUAUAAAUCAAGAACAAGAAAACUUAGAAAGAACAAAAAGUGAAACUGACAAAGAUAAAUCAAAAUUAGAUGUUAAAGAGGAAGCAAGACUUUCCUUAUCUGAAGAAAUCACUAAAGCCGUUACAGAUACCAAAGAGUCAAAACCAGAGAAAAUGGACACAUCAACUGACGAAGCUGAGGAAAACCAAGGUGAUAAUGCUCUAGUGAAGAUGAAGGUUACUGGUGACACGAAUGUAACAGCAGCAGAGGAUGCGAUGGAUGUGGAGGAUGACAGUGGUGUAUCUGUUAAUGUGCUGGAAGAAUUGCCUGAGGCACACAACAACAAACAGUCUGAGCAGGAAAACACAGUAGUUAAUGAAACACAGAGUGACGUGUUGGAAGAUGCGGUAAGAAUUUCAAGAAAUGUGGAAGACAGCAAGGAGUUGGAAGAAUCAUGUACAACAAAGGACUCUGAUGAAACUCACAAGUUGACUGAAUCUAAUGUGUGUGACAGUGUCAUGAGUAAAGAAGAGUGUCAACAAAUCACAUCUAAUAAAAAGCAGUUAUUGUCUGAAAAUAAUGAAAUAGAAGAGGUAGUAAUCAGUGAGAAUGAGCCUUCAGAUUCCUUAAGGAAGGGAAAUGAAGUGAAGAUUACUUCAGAAGAUGUUACUGAUAAUGUUAAGAAGACAGUCUUUAGCCCAAAAAUACUUAGAAGCUCAAAAGCAAAGGUUGAUGCUGAUAUGACAGUCUUCAGUCCAAGCAGGAGUGUUGAGGCUGCAGUAGUUGAUUCUAAUGGAACUCUUGACAAUAUUAACAAAGUCUCCAGUCCAAGUAAGGCAAUUGUUAUUGAUAAAAUAGACCCUGUUACUGUUAAGGAAAUUCAAGUGAAACAAACGGUUUCUAGUCCAAGCAGAACUAAAGCAGUAUCCAGUCCAAGGAAGACCGCUCACAUGAGGAUGACGAAUGUCCCACUAGAUUCUGAGCAUGACAGAGAGACAGUGACUAGUCCAUCAAAGCCUAUUGUAGCUACAGAAACAGCAUCAUCCGCCCCAGAUAAGACAACAAAUAAAUCCCAGCAAGCCAGCAGUGAUACAGGAAGGCAUGAGCUGGAGAAGGAAGCAGAAUGCAAGGCCACCACUGAGUGCAUGGCAGACACAGAAGCAGAGGUCACGUCUGCUGCUGUCAUGCCCUGUGAAGCAUUGGAGGAGAUGGCUGCAAACACCAGACAGCAGGAGGAGGAACUUUCCCCUGACAAGUCAUCUCGGUCGAGGCUGAAUCUUACUGUGAGUACACCAGAGAGGAUGAAGCAGCGUGGCGCCCUCAUGCACGCUGGGUCACGGGCUGCUCUGCUGGUGGCCUGUGCCAAGAAGAACAUCAAGAACAGAGGAGGUGGAGAGGGUGAGUCUUCUGCCAGUAUACUAACAGAGGGAGGGCGGUCAAGGUCUCUGGGCAUGUCCCCUGUCAGGAGGAGCGUCCCUGGCAGACCCUCUCCUGGACACUCUCCAGAUGGCCGCAGAAGGAGCCUUCUUGACAGACCAUGGGUGAAGCACUCUCCGUCCCCCGGUGCCUCGCCCUCCUCCAGCAUCCUGAAAAGAACUCUCCUCAGUGAUGGUUUGGACGGAGAUACACCAUCGCCUCCACCCACAAAGUACCGGCGGGUGAGCUUUGCCGACCCUCCCGUCUCAGACCGGGUGGAGAUCCCCCCCUCGCCACGCACCCUGAAGGGCAUCCGGGCACAGAAAAGGCUGGACAUGACUCGUAUGGCUUCUGAAGUGAAAGACUCUGAUGCUCAGCCAGUAGAGAAGCAGGUGAUUCAGGAGGCAGACCCUGAAGUGGUGGACCUGUCCCCGGCCCUGCACACCUGCCAAGACAGUGUGGACCAAGUGGCAGCACUCCUUACCUCAACCUCCAUAUUGCCAGGCCUCCUCAGUAGUCUGGAAAACAUGGGGGUGACCACAGUGGGACAGUUGUGCAAGCUGAGUGAGUGGGACAUCAACUCACUCCCCAUCAAGCCGCCUAAGACCACCAAUCUCCGCAGGGUGCUCAAGGAAUAUGAAAAGACUUGGUUGAGGGAGCUCUCAUCCACCAACUCAACAGCAGCAGAUGAGGUUGAGGUGAGUCUGGCGAAGAUGUUUGGUGAGCUGGACGACAAGGAGAAUCUGAGGCCAAAUCACCAGGAGUGUGCUGCACCAGAGGUCUCCAAGGCAGAGACUGAGGUCAAGGAGAGUGUGGUUAUUGCAGGGAGAAGCCCUCAUGCUGACAACAUCCAGGAAAUUAUGGAAAUGGAGGAUAUUACACCUCUGUAUUCCUCCCCAGAAGAAACAGAAGAAGAAACUCUGAAGAACUUAUACAGGAGAGCAAGUGAAGAUGAUUUGGACUCUCAGAAGAAGUUGCUGGACCACCUCCUGCAAACUCUUCCCUCAACUGACGUGGCGGAGGCCAUUGCCCAAUGCAUCAAGGCCCGCAUGGCUGAUGUUACUCCCACUACAUGAUUCUCAGCCCUCCACACAGAGUGACGUCACCAUUCCAGUGCAUUUAUGAUUUUUAAUGUAAAUACCGAAGUACAAAGCUUUAAGUGGGUAUGGACUCUUCUUAUGUGCCUUUGCAAGAAAAUAGUGACAAAAUUUUACUGUGAUUAAAAGACAAGAGUAAAUGAAGUAGGUAAAUGUUGAAGGUGAUUAUGAACUUUUCUUGUGUGCCUUUGCAAUAAAAUGGUGAAAUGCCAAUUAGUUUAAAUGAAGGGCUGGGUAAAUGUGAAAGAGGUAAGAAGGUGAAGAUAAGCAAAAAUCCAUGAACCUGAUCUGAGGACCAAUGCAAAUUAGAAUUAUGGAUACAAAUAUUAUGGCAUUUAUAGGAAUUAAUUGAAGGUCUUACAGGCAUAAAAAUAAGCUCUGUAAAAUUGUAGACUAAUGGUAAAAUUUUGAGAAAUUAAUGAAGAUGGAACUUGGUGUUGGAGGAAGAGACAAAGAGAUGGACCUUCUGAGAAAUUAAGGAAGGUGAAAAGAAUAGAAAGACUUGUGUGUAUUAGAAUGCGGUAGAGAAACUGGUCUAAGUCUAAGCACCAAAAUAAAUGAAAUGUAGAAAUGGACAAAAAAUAUCAGGCAAGGUAGAAAAAUGCAAAGUGGGAGUGGUAAGUGAGGCAGAUGUGGAGUAAUGGUACUUGAGAGAUGCAAAUGAAAGAAAAGUGAAGUGAAGGCAAAAAAUAAUGCUAUGUGGAAGUUGAAAUGAAGACAAUGAAUUCACAAAGAUAUAAAAACACAAGUCAGGAUGCCCCCUUUGCCCAUGAACCAAAUGUGCCCGAGUGCCCCUGAGUGUCCACAAAGCUGUACAAAGGAAAGCAUUGUUGAGGUCCCUGGCUGUGAGUGCUUUGCUAUAUUAGUCGAGGUGCAGCAUUCAACCCUGAAAUCACAAACUGUUUCCCUCCAUACCCUGCCUGUGGUAUCCUGCAGGCUGGCAGUGUCCCUUGAUGUCCUGGUGUCAAUCCCUGCUCCCUUUGCCCUGUGACAUGGACUUGACGGUGUUGAAUGCUUCAUGUCGCAUGUGUAUAUUCUUACUGAAGCUUAUGACUUUGGAAAAACAAAUAAUUUACUUGAUAUGUUUAUCAUAUAAAAUAAUUCAACUUCACAAUGUUUUUGAAUACUGUUUAUUUUGUGUGCAUAUAUUUUUGGAAGCAUGUGGAUUGAGUCAGGAUCACACAGAUCACACAUUGUCCAGACGACUACCUGGUGUAUAUCAGAUUCCUUCAAUAAGAGAGUAAACUCUACAUUAAUGCUUGUUGAUUUUGUACUGUAGUGCAAGGGUUUGCUUUCAAUAAACUGUUGUUUUCCUUAUAGGUAGGAUGUGUAUCUAUUUUACAGUAAAACUUUUUACAGGUAA